AUGAUAUUUAAUACUAAGUUCUCAUGGGGUAAACUACUAUUCUUUGUCUUCAUAGUGGGCGGUAUACUGGUCUUAAUGCUGUUUCUUCGGGAUUCUGUAUUUUGUAUGGAUCUGGAUCUACAAGGGCGACCUAGAGCUUGGCAUAUAACCGCUAUCUAUGAGGUCGUUAAUGGACAUAAUGUGAUAUUAAUCGCUGACGAGCACUCUAUUACUCAAGCACUAGGUUGUACCGCAGAACAAGCUCAUCAGGCCCUUUAUGGGGGUGCAGAAAUCAACGGAUGGGAGCUUGAAUAUCAGUUUGUUCCUCAACAGGUCUGGGAUCAGGUCUUACGUACUCACCCGGAAAUCACCAGUCGCGCGUCGUACACCCUGUGGGGUGUGGAGAGGUCAACCCCCGACCCUUGUGUACCCCUUGAAACGUGGUAUCAUUUGUUCUCUGUGGGCGCAAGGGGUCCCACACAAUUGGACGACCCCAUUGCCAGACACCCUAAGGUUUAUGUUAAACUCUUCUUCGAAUUAGCCCAGAAAUCAUCAGCCGAUACCCUUCAUAUGUUCGGUUUAUUCUCUCAAGUCUUAAACGACUAUUUUCAGGUAUCUUUAUCCUCUAAGGGCGUAGGGAUGACCGCUCUAUCGGUCUCUGGAGCCAGGGUGGCUACCCACGUAAUCCCUUUUCUUUCCCAGUUUACCAAUUACCUCUAUUGGAAAACCCCUCAGUUUGAAUUAACCUCCGAGGUCACUCAGAUAGUUUUAAAUAAAGGUCAUCUUACCAAGGAAGGGUUACUUAAAAUAGUUCAUCUUCUUUAUAGCUCUCCGGUUAAUUCACGUAAGGAGCCAAUUGAACACUGGAUUAAGUUAAUCGAGGAAGCGUUUCCUGCUGGCUCUAAACCCCGUCGCGGUACUACAAAAUAG